GGCUAUGAAUUGCUUUAUGUCCAAUUCUUUGGUUGAUUUUAGUGAAUGUGCCAUGUGGCAAUGAGAAGAAUGUAUAUUCUGUUGUUUUGGGGUGGAGAGUUCUAUAGACGUCUACUAGGUCCACUCAGUCAAGUGUUGAGUUCAGGUCCUGAGUAUCUUUGCGAUGAUUCAUCUUGCCUUGAUGAUCUGUCUAAUACUGUCAGUGGGGUGUUGAAGUCUCCCUCUGUUAUUGUGUGGGAAUCUAAGUCUCUUCACGGGUCUCUCAGAACUUGCUUUAUGCAUUCAUCCCCUCUGGAAGAUGCAGCAACAAGGCCUUAUCUGCAGAAAGCAGCCCUCAUCAGACACUGAAUCUGCCAGCACCUUGAUCUUAGACUUUCCAGCCUCCAGAAUUAUAAAAAAUAAAUUUCGAUUAUUUAUUUUUUAAAAAGAACUUGCUUUAUGAAUCUGGGUACUCCUGUGUUUGGUGCAUCUAUAUUUAGGACAGUUAGGCCUUUUUGUUGAUUUGAACCCUUCACCAUGAUAUAAUGCCCUUCUUUGUCUUUUUUCAUCUUUGUUGGCUUACAGUCUGCUUUGUCUAAAAUUAGGAUUGCAACCCCUGCUUUUUUCUGAUUUCCAUUUGCUUGGUAGAUUUUUCUCCAUCCCUUUAUUUUAAGCCUAUGGGUGUCACUGCAUGUUAAAUGGGUCUCUUGAAGACAGCAUGCUGUUCGGCCUUGCUUCUUUAUCCAGCUUGCCACUCUGUGCCUUUUAUUUGGGGCAUUUAGCCCAUUUACAUUCAAGGUAAAGGGAACACUUAUACACUGCUGGUGGGAGGGUAAAUUAGUUAAACCAUUGUGGAAAAUAGUGUGGCAAUUUCUCAAAGAACUAAAAACAGAACUACCAUUCAACUCAGCAAUCUCAUUACUGGGUAUAUACCCAAAGGAAUGUAAGUCAUUCUACCAUAAAGACACAUGCACACAUGUGUUCACUGCAGCACUAUUCACAAUAGCAAAGACAUAGAAUCAACCUAAAUGCCCAUCAACAGUAGGCCGGAUAAAGAAAAUGUGGUACACAUACAUCAUGGAAUCUAUACAGCUGUAAAAAAAGAAUGAGAUCAUGUUCUCUGCAGGAACACAGAUGGAGCUGGAGGCCAAUGGUAAGCAUUCCAGGGAGUGUGGAGCAGCCACCACCAGUAUUCCUCCCUGGGACUCAUACAGUCCCAGUUUGGGGAUAAAACAAACGUUUCCCCGGAACAGGCAGGGAGGACACUGGCAUCCUCUCAGCUCUGAGGAAAAGGGUCAUGGACACAUCCCCUCCUGGAGGCCAGUAACAUUGCCUGUCCCACACCCCCUUGGACUAUGCUACCUGUAUCUAGGAACCAAAGGCAACACCCAGCUCCUUUCACUCGCAUGAGUUCUGGGGACAAAUGAUAACCCACUGGACAUGGGGAGGGCACCUUCCCCCAACCAAGAAACUAAGGAAUCAAGAGCUGAGCUGGGAAAAGGAGCUGCAGGGAAGGAGAUGGGCUGGACCUGGAUUCAGGUGGGCCCUGGGCAGGUCCCCAGUAACUGAAUGAAUGCCUAUGAGGCACACUCAGUGGAGGGCAAAGAGGAGAAAUAAGCCCAGAAGCAGCAAAGUGACAAGGGAGGAGUACAAGUAGCACCCAGGAAUCCAGCAGAGGUCAGGGAGCUUGGGAGAGCUAGGGCAGGCAGAUAAGGUUCUGGGCUGUUCCUCUUUGGGGCAACAGCCAGAGAAAUAGCUCAGCUAGUUGCAUAACCCUUCUAUUUGCCCAGAGCUUUUGUCCAGAAACUCUCUGUCCUGAGAGGUGAUUAAAGAAGGCAUCCAGCAAGAACUGCACAAGAAACGGAGUCAGCCGGAGAACAAGGAGUGGUCUUCCACUGCCUCACAGGAGGAUGGAGGCCCACAACGCGUCUGCCCCAUUCAACUUCACCCUGCCACCCAACUUUGGCAAGCGCCCCACAGACCUGGCACUGAGCGUCAUCCUGGUGUUCAUGUUGUUCUUCAUCAUGCUCUCGCUGGGCUGCACCAUGGAGUUCAGCAAGAUCAAGGCUCACUUAUGGAAGCCUAAAGGGCUGGCCAUCGCCCUGGUGGCACAGUAUGGCAUCAUGCCCCUCACGGCCUUUGUGCUGGGCAAGGUCUUCCGGCUGAAGAACAUUGAGGCACUGGCCAUCCUGGUCUGUGGCUGCUCACCUGGAGGGAACCUGUCCAAUGUCUUCAGUCUGGCCAUGAAGGGGGACAUGAACCUCAGCAUUGUGAUGACCACCUGCUCCACCUUCUGUGCCCUUGGCAUGAUGCCUCUCCUCCUGUAUAUCUACUCCAGGGGGAUCUAUGAUGGGGACCUGAAGGACAAGGUGCCCUAUAGAGGCAUCGUGAUAUCACUGGUCCUGGUUCUCAUUCCUUGCACCAUAGGGAUCGUCCUCAAAUCCAAACGGCCACAAUACAUGCGCUAUGUCAUCAAGGGAGGGAUGAUCAUCAUUCUCUUGUGCAGUGUGGCCGUCACAGUUCUCUCUGCCAUCAAUGUGGGGAAGAGCAUCAUGUUUGCCAUGACACCACUCUUGAUUGCCACCUCCUCCCUGAUGCCUUUUAUUGGCUUUCUGCUGGGUUAUGUUCUCUCUGCUCUCUUCUGCCUCAAUGGACGGUGCAGACGCACUGUCAGCAUGGAGACCGGAUGCCAAAAUGUCCAACUCUGUUCCACCAUCCUCAAUGUGGCCUUUCCACCUGAAGUCAUUGGACCACUCUUCUUCUUUCCCCUCCUCUACAUGAUUUUCCAGCUUGGAGAAGGGCUUCUCCUCAUUGCCAUGUUUUGGUGCUAUGAGAAAUUCAAGACUCCCAAGGGUAAAACAAAAAUGAUCUACACAGCUGCCACAACUGAAGAAACAAUUCCAGGAGCUCUGGGAAAUGGCACCUACAAAGGGGAGGACUGCUCCCCUUGCACAGCCUAG